AAGAUUUGAUGAUAACUUCUUCAUUUUUAGAGAUAAAGUGUUAUCGUCUCUAAUAAAAGACGAAAUAAUUGCGUAAAAGCAAAGAAAUAUAUUUGUUUUCAGAUUGAGAAUCUAUUUUAGAAGGUCAUCUAGAAUUUCUCAUCGAUUUUUUUAAAGGUUCAUUGUUUUUGAGAAGAAUCAAUCUAUCUGAUUUUCAAAUACAAUUUUUCUGAUGAAAGAAUUCUUUUAUAUUUUUUAGAAUUUGUGCUUAAACUAAAUGUAGAUAAAAAUAAUAGCAACCUCUUGCUAAAGAUGUUGGAAUUAGCUAUUUUAAUAGUUCUGACAAUCUUUUGUAUUCAAUUAUUUUUUCGGAAACAAGCUCGCCUUUGCCAUUUCAAAAAAUUACCAGGCUUAAGACCUCAAUUUCUCAUAGGAAAUAUUGCUUGGGUGUUAAAACUAUAUGCAAAGGCAGGAAAAUAUCAUCCAGGCGUUUAUAUAAUCGAACGAGUAUUAGGAACCAAUAUAUUGUUUCAAAAGUAUGGAUUCCACUGCUUCUGGUUUGGACCCAAUCCAGUCAUAUCCAUAUUUUCACCAGAGUUACUCGAAAUUGUCCUUAGCAGCAAUGUUUCUUUAGAAAAAUCUUUCGAGUAUAGGUUUCUAGAACGAUGGCUAGGACGUGGCCUCCUUACUAGCACGGGUCCAAAAUGGAGAGCCAGACGUAAGCUGCUGACACCAUCUUUUCAUUUCAAAAUUUUAGAAGAUUUCUUGCCAACUUUUAACGAUCAAUCUUUGAUACUUGUGAAAAAGCUUCAGUCACUCCAGCAUGAAGACUAUGUAGACAUCCAGCCGCCAGUUAUAUUAUGUACUUUAGAUAUCGUUUGUGAAACCGUAAUGGGUGCUCAAAUUGGUGCUCAAAAAGGAGAGAACAUAGAAUACGUGACAGCUAUUCACAAUUUAGCUGGCUUUUUUAACCAACGCACUAUACGUCCUUGGCUUUGGUACGACGCUUUAUUCAGCCUGACCAGCUCCGGAAGAGGAUUUGACAGAGAUCUGAAAAUUCUGCAUGGCUUUACUGAAAAGGUAAUUCGAGAAAAAAAGCAAGAACGAUUAUCUCAAAACACUUCUCCACAAAAUGAGGAAAAGGAAAAUGAGUUCCAAAGCAAAAAAAGAAAAGCAUUCAUGGAUUUAUUACUAGACUUGCACCUGGAUGGUCAACAGCUAUCUGAACAGGACAUCCAAGAAGAAGUGGACACCUUCAUGUUCGAAGGCCAUGACACUACUGCGAUGGGAAUAAUAUUCGCUCUUUACAGUAUCGGUCUUAAUCCAAAGAUACAGGAAAGAGUCCAUGAAGAACUUGAUACCGUUUUCGGGAACGAUCUUGAAAGGCACGUCACAAUGGACGAUGUCCGGAACAUGAAGUAUCUAGAAUGCGUUCUUAAGGAAUCACAGAGACUCUUUCCAUCAGUCCCAAUCAUUGGUAGAAAAUUAAAUGAAGAUAUUAAUUACAACGGAAUGUUUAUUCCAAGGGAUACUGAACUCCACUGCAACAUCAUUAGUGUGCACCGGCGAGACGACAUAUACCCCAACCCUGAAGUGUUUGAUCCAGAAAGAUUUCAGCCCGAGAAUUCAUUGGAUCGACAUCCGUAUGCUUUUAUACCAUUCUCAGCAGGUCCUCGCAACUGCAUCGGUCAGAAAUUCGCUCUUCUAGAAGAAAAAGUUGUGGUCAGCAACAUACUGAGGCAUUUCAAAGUCAUAUCUCUGGAUCCGAGAGACAAAUUUCACAUGAAGGUAGAAUUUACAUUGAGACCUGCUCAGCCUGUUAGAUUGAAAUUCAUUUCCAGAAGAUGAGUUGUCCAGUCUUCAAUUCAUAGUUACUUUCAUAUUACUUAAUUAAAUAAAAAUGUUGUGUAAUAAAAAUUUUGUAGUAUGA